AUGGCCGGCAGCAUGAACGCUCAGCACGCCUCUAAGCUCAAGAUGAUGCUGGCCAAUGACGACGAUGAGAGCUCCGACGAUGAAGUGGUCCAGCCGCCGGCUGCACGAGCGUCGCCGUCGCCACCACCGGCGGUCCGCGAGGUCCCGCGCGGGACGAAGCCGCAGCGGAAGACCAGGGCCUCGAGUUGCUCAAGCGAAGGAAGCGAGUCCAACGAGCGCAGGAAAACGACGUCGCGCCGACGAGACGAGGCCAAGCAUAAGAAGCCGAAGAAGGCGCGCGCCAAGACCGCCGAGAGCGAUGGGGACAGCGACCACAACGAGCGCAGGAAGAAGCGGACGUCGGACGAGAAGAAGCACAGGAAGCAAGCCAAAUCGGCUUCGGGCGAGUCGCGCAAGAGCUCGCGCGAUGAGGUCUCGAAGGAUCGCGUCAAACGGAAGCGCUCCGAAUGCGACGAUCCUGUGAAGAAGCGCCCUCGGGAGCAAGCCCUCUCUGCACAAAGCGAAUUCCCUGGGACCGGACUGACGCCUCUCAACGACGGGAUGCCCAUGACGAUGCUGCGAACGAAAGCGUCUCAACCGUCUCGGGACGUUCCACACGCCUCGUCAAGCGCUUCGACGGACGUCCGCUCUGUGUACGAGCCGAAGGCAAGUUCGAUUGUCGCAUCAUCUCCCGUCCCUGCCGCCUUGCCGACGCCCAAGUCAGAGCAAGCUCCUGCCAAGCUUGGGACCCCGUCCUCCAUUCCGGCGUCUCCAUCGACUGCUCGACGCAUCCAGACCGCGUCGCCGUGUCCCACGGACGAAGACGCUUCGAGCGCAGCAAUCGACACGACCGACUUUCUCGACGAGUCGGGCGAGGUCAUCGAAGAAGCGCCCGCGCCAAGCCCGCAGAGUACAAAGGGGAUUGCGACGCCCAACUUUCGUGCGAAAAUGGACGACCGGUCCAAGCCGUCACCGCUCUCGCUGGUCGACGACCACGCUGUGCUUCCAAAGCCCAAGAUGACGCCCCGGGACACGCCGACGUACCCGCCGCGCCCGACGCCAGGAGACACACCGCGAAUGCGGGCACGACCGACGCCCGGUGGUACGCCAAGUCUGCGACCGCGCUCAACACUGGGCGGCACGCCGACGGCGCGGCCAAAGACGACGCCGACGUCGGAAGGGAAGCCACCGCCGCUCUCGCUGGACGCCGACAACUUUGUCAUUCCAAAGACGACGACGGUGCUGCCGCCGCUGCCACCGGGCAAAGGUCCGAGCGACGCCGAGAAGGAGCCGGGCGAGGUCGGUGACGCGCCCCCGGUGCUGGAUUUCCGCAUUCCGAAGAAACCGUCGCUGCGGACAACGCCAACGACGCCAGCGACGCCGUCGGCCAAGCCACUCACAAGUGUGCCCUCGGUGUCAGCACCAAAAGCCCGGCCGCCGACCCCCACCAAGCCGCCCGUCUCGUUUCUGACGUACAGCGGCGUCGACCGCAAGUUUUUCAAGGACUGCCGCCAAGUCAGCUCGAUCUUGCGCGCGCUCACGCCCAUAAUGCGGGGCCGACCGUAUGCGGUCAUUGAGGAGAAUGACGAGAUCUUUGCAGAGAAAAAGUCGCUCGGUCGAAGCGUGCCGAUGAAGGAGUUUCUCGAGCGACCGCCGUCGUUCUACGGCAUCGACCUAACCUGCCCGAUGCCGCCGCGCGCGCUCUCGGCCCAUACCGCAGCGCAGAUGCAGCGGCAGACAAACGAUCCGUAUGGGUCCCUCGUCGAGCUUCAGACGGAGAACCGCGUGUUCCUCCAAACCAAGCUCUACAAGACGACGUUCAUGCCACUCUCGGAGCGUCGGCGCGUCACGGUGCUCUUCCGCCACAUGCGCAUGGAGCAAAAGAGCGCUGGGUUUGGCUUCAACAUGAAGGACAAGUGCUCGGACUUUGCCAAAACGUGCGCCGACCGGUUCGCGAUCGACGGCCGAAAACCCUCGAUCGAGCUCACAGCGUCGGGGAAGCGCGAUCUGCAGCAGAUGAAGCCCACGGCCAUGUACGUGCAUUACUUCUCGGAGGACGACGCGAACGAAGCGCUGCGCCGGUUCCAAGAUGAUGCGGGCGCCAAGUGCGAACGUCAAGACAACAUGUAUGCGGUCAAGCCGCCGCCGGUCGAGAAGAAGCUGCUGCGUCGCGAGCCGGAUCGGCCGCAGCCCGAGCCGCGGCGGCUUUUAGACGCAGCAGUGAACGGCGGGUUUCGCCCCGACGCGCCGCCGCGAUCCCCCCGACGACGCGACCCCGUGUCGCGACGGCCCUCGACCGGGCGUGACCGUAGCCGCUCACUCGAUAGACAGCGCCGGUUGCAGCAAGGCGUGCCGUUGCGGCCUGGGAGUGACCGCAUGCAGCGCACCGAGCCGGUGGACUAUACCCGCCGCGACGACAGGCGCCGCCCAAGUGCCAUUUCGCCACCGCUGCCGCCGCCGCUUCCUCCGACCGAGCCGCGGAUGCACGCAGAGUCGUCUCGGUCGAACGGUGUAUCUAGUACAAGCGACCACAACGCCGCUGGCUCGCUUGACACAAAGUCGUCCAGCGAGCGGGAGGUAUCCAAGCCAGACGUGGACGUCGCCACGAGAAAAACCUUCGAGAAGCCUGUGGACCACCAACGUCGUUCGACUGAGCGCCGGACGACUACAACCACCGGCGAGGCUGUCAAGGUUGCUCCGACUGAGGCCAAAACACCAGCCUCGGAGAGCAAGCCGCAGCCGACGGAGACUGAGAAGACGACCUAUGUGACCGAGAAGCCAGCCACCAAGCCCGAAGACGACAAGGCUGAGAGGGCCGCCGUCGAUAAGUCCAGCACUACCGAGAAGGUUGCGACCCAGUCGGAUGUGCCAUUCAUUGAGCCGGAGAAGGCUGUCGUCGACACCAAGAAGGUACUCUCCAUCGCCGACAAGGUACUUCCCGCCGCCGACAUGAAGCCGACCUCCGCCGACAAGACGCCGACCACCGCCGACAAGACGCCGACCACCGCCGACAAGAUGCCGACCACUGCCGAGAAGCCGGUCGAAACCGCGACCAUCGCGGACGUCCAGCUGCUGUCGACUGCUGCGUCGGCGCGUGAUGCAACCCCGGUGAAGCCGCCGACCGAAACCAAAGCUCAAGUCGAGACGUCCUCGUCGUCUUUGGAAGCCGGUGAACUCCGGUGCAACCAGGAUGGCAUCACCUCACGGGCCUGA